CCUACGUAUCACGUACAGAAAGCAUUUAAUUUACUGGGCAUGCGCUGGCGGCCAUGUUUGCUGUAUAUUGUGUGCUGUGACUGGGCUAUUUUGCCGGCUAGGUGGAUAUAUACCCUCGGUUUUUACACUUUGAAGGUGACAAGAUAAUUGAGUAAAGUGAAUAUUAUACAACAUGUCUCGAAGAUAUGAUUCCAGAACUACCAUUUUCUCCCCAGAGGGACGAUUGUACCAGGUAGAAUAUGCCAUGGAAGCUAUUGGCCAUGCAGGCACAUGUUUGGGAAUUUUGGCCAAUGAUGGUGUUUUGCUAGCUGCAGAAAGACGCAAUAUACACAAACUUCUGGAUGAAGUCUUUUUCUCUGAGAAAAUAUAUAAACUAAAUGAGUAUUUACUACAGUACCAAGAGCCAAUCCCCUGUGAACAGCUGGUCACAGCGCUGUGUGAUAUAAAACAAGCGUAUACACAAUUUGGAGGAAAACGCCCAUUUGGUGUGUCCCUUCUUUACAUUGGUUGGGACAAGCACUAUGGCUUUCAGCUUUACCAGAGUGACCCAAGUGGAAAUUAUGGAGGCUGGAAAGCUACAUGCAUUGGCAAUAACAGUGCGGCAGCGGUUUCCAUGUUAAAACAAGACUACAAGGAAGGAGAAAUGACUCUGAAAUCAGCUCUUGCUUUAGCUGUUAAAGUCCUCAACAAGACCAUGGAUGUUAGCAAAUUGUCUGCAGAAAAAGUUGAGCUUGCUACAUUAACACGAGAAAGUGGAAAGACAAAAAUAAGGGUUCUGAAACAGAAAGAAGUAGAAGAGCUGAUAAAACUUCAUGAAGAGGAAGAAGCGAAGAUUGAACGGGAGAAGAAAGCAAAAGAGCAGAAAGAAAAAGAUAAAUAAGGAACCACUUUCAUAAAAUAAGAAUAAAGCCAGUUCAGUUUUCUGUAUAUUUUUCUUGUUUCCUUUCAAGAAUGUCAUUGAUUUACUCAGAGUGGCUUGGUUCAUUUUGUUUAAAGCCAUAAAAUAAAUCAAACUUUUUCUUA